UGCUGAUGUACUGCAUCUUCCUGAAAACCAGCAUGACAGAUCUGCACUGCUGGAGGAUGAGCUGCUUCUGAAAUAUGACGAUAAUCAGACUCUUGGGAACACUGGCCUUGUUUAUGACCAUAUGCCCGGCUCUGAGCUUCUCCAGGAAAGUUCCUGAUGAAACCCACGUGAUCACACCAAACUGCGCCAAUGAGGCCGUCCUGCCCUGCACUGCUAAAUCAUACAGCCACGAGUACACAUCCAUCAUCUGGUACAAGGUGAUUCAAAACAAAGACAGUGGAAUUAUCCUGAAACAUAAAGGAUCAGAGUCAGCAGUGGCGUAUCGGGACUACGCUCACGUAGCGUCUCUCAGAGAGGAUUAUUCCCUCGUCCUGAAGAACCUCUCUCUGAAAGAUUCAGGGGAAUAUAAGUGCAUGAUGAGGGCGAGACUCGGAGUGAUAAAUAACGACUCGCACGUCCUGCUCAACGUCUCAGAGUGUGUUUCAACAUCACAGACUCCAGUCCUCACCCCUGAGUUCACUGCUCAGUUCACCACUGACUGGUUGAACUCUAGUGUAAACAGUGUUCCAGCAGCAGCAGCAGCAGCAGCAGCAGUGCAGGUGGUGGACGUGAGCGCACUGUGGGCUUUUAUAGCUUUCAUCACCAUCAGCCUCACCAAACUCCUGCUGUGUGCUCUCUGUCUCUGGGGGGUGGUACUGUUUAAAAAACACAGAAGGAAAAGCACAUGGAGUUAAAAAGCCAGCGGAGACAACAGUGAUGAACAGAGGAA